UUUUUAAUCUGGAUGUGCAAAGUGCAAAAAUGUAUAAAUGUGGGGUGCAAAUUGCAAAUCAAGCCCUCUCCCCUCUAAAAACCCUAGUAGCCUCAAUCAGACUUGUUCUGAAGAAGAUUCUGUUAGCCCAAAGCUCGCUGCAGCCGCGACACAACAAUGGGUGCCUAUACAUACGUGUCCGAGCUAUGGAAGAAGAAGCAAUCCGAUGUGAUGCGGUUCUUGCUGAGGGUCCGCUGCUGGGAGUACCGUCAGCUUCCCGCUGUUGUGCGUGUCACCCACUCCACCCGGCCAGACAAGGCCCGCCGCCUCGGCUAUAAGGCAAAGCAGGGGUAUGUCAUCUACCGUGUUCGAGUUAGACGUGGUGGAAGGAAGAGACCAGUUCCCAAGGGUAUUGUGUAUGGUAAGCCCACCAACCAGGGUGUUACUCAGCUGAAAUUCCAACGCAGCAAGCGAUCAGUUGCAGAGGAACGUGCCGGAAGGAAAUUGGGCGGUCUUAGGGUUCUGAAUUCUUACUGGAUCAAUGAGGACUCAACUUACAAGUACUAUGAGGUAAUUUUGGUUGAUCCAGCCCAUGCUACUGUCCGGAACGACCCAAGAAUCAACUGGAUAUGCAAUCCAGUACACAAGCACAGGGAGCUCCGCGGACUUACUUCUGCUGGAAAGAAAUACAGAGGUCUUAGAGGAAAGGGCCACUUACACCACAAAGCCCGCCCUUCAAGAAGGGCUACCUGGAAGAGGAACCAGACCCUUUCUCUCCGCCGAUAUCGUUGAUCUGCAUGGUUUUGUUUGGUAUUACUAUAAUAGAGUUAAUAUGUUGUCUCUGCUCUAUGAUUUUUGUCCACUUAAAGCAAGUUGAAUGUUUCUUACUCAAGUUUUGUGUCAUGGGAAUUUCAUAUCUGUUGUUUCCUCUAUAUUUUGGCAUUUAAGUCUGAUAUUUGCAUUGGUGUCCUAUCUUGCUGCUGUGUACCUGUCAUUUCCGUUACAGCAUUAUAUUCAUAUGAAGGCUGUUGCCAUCA